GGCGAGGAUAGACGGGAGGGACUUCCGUACUUUCCGUUAUUGCAGCAAAGUGAGGUGAUGCAUCCAAAUUCUUAAAAUCUAAUGUCAUUUACAUUCUGACUGGCAUAAAUGUGCGUAUCGUGAUAAUAUUGCGAGAAAAGAGGUGCACGCAACUUGUCAACGAGUCAAGAUGUCUGUUGAAAAAGCAGAGAGUGAUAUGGAGUACUCAGACUCCGACGGCAGUGAUACAGGCUACGAGGACUACUACAAUUGUCAACCCUGGGGCGACGCUGACAAUGAUGCUGAGAAGGCUGAUCAAACUCGAAGAGACCCCGAAUACGCAAUUCACGAUUGCCUUCGGGUGGAGGAAGUUGAGAGAUUAUUGAAUGAGAAUGUCGAAGUACUGAGCAACAGCCUUCACAUAACGCCAUCGCUUGCCAAAGUACUUCUACACACCCAUGACUGGGCUCUCCAGGAGGUUAUGAAUAAGUACAGAGACAAUGCUUCCAGCCUAUUAAUUAAUUCAAAGAUAAAACCAAGCCAGCCACCCGAUCAAACAUCUGCGUUGAAGAGCCGCAAGGGGGGCACCUGUACUGUUUGCAUGGCACUUUUCAAUCCUGAUAAGUUUGCUACGCUCACCUGCGGCCAUUCCUUCUGCAAAGAUUGUUGGUGUAUGCAUUUUGAAGUGCAGAUUUCCCAAGGAAUCUCAACAGAUAUCGGAUGUAUGGCUCAAAAUUGUGACGUUCUAGUACCAGAAGACUUUGUUCUCCAGCUCCUCACGAAACCCUCGAUGAGAGACAAGUACCAGCACUUUGCAUUUCGCGAUUACGUAAAGACCCAUCCGCAGCUACGAUUCUGCCCAGGUCCAAAUUGCCAGAUUGUCAUGAGAUCGAAGGAGCUUCGAGCUAAACGCGUACAAUGUCAAACCUGCAAAACUGUUUUCUGCCUGCGUUGUGGUACAGAUUAUCACGCACCAACCGACUGCAAUACAAUCAAGAAAUGGAUGACAAAAUGUGCUGACGAUUCAGAGACAUCAAAUUACAUAAGUGCACAUACCAAAGAUUGUCCAAAAUGUCACAUUUGUAUAGAGAAAAAUGGUGGCUGUAAUCACAUGCAGUGUUACGGCUGCAAAGCUGAAUUCUGCUGGAUGUGUCUCAAUGAUUGGAAAGCACAUGGUAGCGAGUAUUACGAAUGUUCGCGUUACAAGGAUAACCCAAACAUUGGUAAUGAGAGUGUUCAUGCGCAGGCACGGGAGGCACUUAAGAAGUAUCUCCACUAUUACGAGAGGUGGGAAAAUCACAGCAAGUCGCUGAAACUGGAGGAGCAAACCCUGGAGAAGAUAAAGUCAAGGAUUAAUCAAAAGGUCAUGGAUGCCAGUGGCACUUGGAUCGACUGGCAGCAUCUUUUUGAGGCUGCUUCACUACUUGCACGUUGUCGUUAUACCCUCCAGUACACUUAUCCUUACGCGUAUUAUAUGGAAUCUGGACCCAGAAAGGCACUUUUCGAGUACCAACAGGCACAGCUUGAAGCAGAGAUUGAAAAUUUGUCGUGGAAAGUUGAGAGAGCAGAGACUACGGAUCGUGGAGAUCUCGAGAAUCAGAUGGAUAUUGCUGAGAAACGUCGACAGACUUUGCUCAAGGAUUUCUUAGAGAGUGAUGAACCAAGUGAUAAAUUGGCUAACCUUGGGGAACAACGAGUUUGAUUGGACUUGAAAAAUUCUCGAAAUACACAUAGAAAUGAGUCGUGAAGUGGUUAAAUAAGGAAUAUGUUAAAGAUUACCGUAUCGUUUCAUGAAUUUAUUCGUACUAAGUCACUUCAGGAAAAUUUUCCAGAUAUUCCUGUAUGAGAUUUCAUGAUUUAGAAAGGACUUCUUGACAUUUUUCAAGACACCCUAUACUUUUUGAGACAUAGGCUAAAGGGUUUUUACAACAUCUGGAAAAUGUUUGUAGAUUCGUCGGUUUGUUUUAUAGAAGGAGGUUUAGCAGAGGAAAUAUCGAGAGCCCUUUCGUGGAGAAAAUAAAUUCCUUCAAAAAAGGCUUCUAAAAAUUUUACGAUCAAUCCACUUGUUUUAGAGGCCAGUGUGGGCAAAAUUAACACAGUUGACUUUCGUUGAAAUGAUAAUAUAUUCUUAUUGAAUUAUUAGAAAAAUCUUUUCUCCAUGGAAAGUACAAUUUUUUCCCUUUGUCAGGAGCCUAAACUGAGCUUGGGGGCCGGCUCCAUUGUCUGCCGAACGUUAUCUAAAUUUAUUUAUUUUUGGUCGAUUUCUAUCUCGAAAUUUCAACUCGAUGCGCUGUCACUCAAGGACACCCGAAAAUUCUGUUUUUAGAUUGAAAAAAAAAUGUAAAAAAAAAUCUCCAUAUUUUGGAAGAGCGUUUUUAACUAAUAUUGAGAUUUUUGGAUUUCCAUAGAGGAAAUAUGAAUAAUAUUCGUUAAUUUAUAUUCGUGGCAAAUGGCGGCGCCUGUCAGUCGCUACCAUGGGGGAGGAACGACGAAAUAAUAAAUCCUCUGGUACAGCACAACAAGACGAUUAUACGAAAAAAGACUUUUUGAAAGAAUUUGUAAUAUUCUUAGGAAUUUUUUUAUCAUACUUUUACGAUGAAUUAUUAAUCGCUUACGCCACUUUCCUCCAUUGAUAGUUGUACUGGUGAUCAGCUGUCAUUUUUGUCAGGAACUGAAAACAGGAAAAUCGCUCUUUCUUCCUUUUUUUGCGCUCCCGACCAACGUGAUAGUUGGUGGAAAGUACAGUUUUUAAUUGAAGAGAUUGGUGUUAGUGAUUAGGAGUUCAUUGUACAAGUGUGAUAAAAAAAUUCUUGAAAAUAUUACAAAAAUUUUCCUAGAGCUUGUACAAUCGUCGGGUGGCGCUGUGCCAAAGGAUUUAUUAUUUCCUCGUUCCUCCUCCAUGGUGGCGACGGAUAGGCCACUACUUGCCACAGUAAUUAUACAUUAUUCAUAUCACCCUUGUUGAACUCAUUCCUCACUAUUAAUUAAAGACGCUAUUUCAAAAUGUUAAGAUUUUUUUAAAAAUUUUUUAAAAUUACAUUUUGUUUGAACAAUUAUGAACAUUAAAAAAAAAGUCAAGAGUUUUCAUUCUGCCUCACCCUUUCCUCGAGAUAUAUACGAGAUAAUCGAUAUGAAAUUUCUGAAUUUGUUCUUGUUUUGCCACUUCACUGAAGAAAGGUAUUACCGAAGGAGAUUACGUUGUAAGAGUAUUACGAGACCAGAAACGAAUUUUCCAUUGAAAUUUUGCUAGUCUGCAAGUAAUAAUGAAUUCUUACAUUAGAGCACGGAAAAAGCAGAAAUUCCCCUCUGUCCAGUGCCAAACGUACAACGUACAAGUCUACAGUCAACGACGAUUCAUCAAAUUCAUUUCGUAUUAUUAUUACACAUGAUGGACUAUUUUCGAACGUUAAACCUCAUUAAAAGCAAAGUAUUGUUACUCAUAAGAUUUUUCUUUCUUAUUUUAUUAGUCUCGUGAAAAAUUACUUAAUCAUUGGUAAUCAUCGUCAUAAUGAGAACAUGAGAUAAUGAUGAUUCAUGUACAUAUUCAUGUAAACCUAUGUAUAACGUGGAGUGAUACAUUCUUUUGUAACAAUUCAUAUGUAAUGAUGAUACAACUUUAGAGUUUAAGUGAUGAUAUUUGCUGAGUCGCCAUGAAUAUUGAAAUCCCUAGGUGGUAAGUUUGAUGAAAGAAAUAUUGUGUGAAAUUUUAGUAAAUUCGUGCGCUUUGUAAACGAUUUCAUAAAUAAAUGACUCAAUUGUGAAUGUUUUCAUCCA